AUGGAGGAACACACAGAGGCAGGCUCAGCACCAGGGCUGGGGGAACAGAGGGCGCUAAUUGACAACCCUGCCGACAUCCUGGUCAUUGCGGCUUAUUUCCUGCUGGUCAUUGGUGUCGGCUUGUGGUCCAUGUGCAGAACCAACAGAGGCACCGUUGGCGGCUACUUCCUGGCGGGACGAAGCAUGGCGUGGUGGCCGGUCGGGGCCUCUCUCUUCGCCAGCAACAUCGGCAGUGGCCAUUUCGUGGGCCUGGCAGGGACGGGCGCGGCAAGUGGCCUGGCUGUGGCUGGAUUUGAGUGGAAUGCGCUGUUCGUGGUGCUGCUACUUGGCUGGCUCUUCGUGCCCGUGUACCUGACCGCGGGCGUCAUUACGAUGCCGCAGUACCUGCGCAAGCGCUUUGGCGGCCGUCGAAUCCGCCUCUACUUGUCCGUGCUCUCGCUUUUUCUGUACAUCUUCACCAAGAUUUCGGUGGAUAUGUUCUCCGGGGCAGUAUUCAUUCAACAGGCUCUGGGCUGGAAUAUCUAUGCCUCCGUCAUCGCGCUUCUGGUCAUCACCAUGAUCUACACUGUGACAGGAGGGCUGGCAGCGCUGAUGUACACGGAUACGGUGCAGACCUUCGUCAUUCUCGCGGGGGCCUUCGUCCUCAUGGGUUACGCCUUCCACGAGGUGGGCGGGUAUUCGGGGCUUUUCGACAAAUACCUGGGGGCAAUGACGUCCCUGACGGUGUCCGAGGAUCCGGCGGUGGGCAACAUCUCCAGCUCCUGCUAUCUACCCCGGCCCGACUCCUACCAUCUGCUCCGGGACCCUGUGACGGGGGACCUGCCGUGGCCUGCGCUGCUUCUGGGGCUUACCAUUGUCUCAAGCUGGUACUGGUGCAGCGACCAGGUCAUAGUGCAGCGCUGUCUGGCUGGGAAAAACCUGACCCACAUCAAGGCGGGCUGCAUCCUGUGCGGCUACUUGAAGCUGAUGCCCAUGUUCCUCAUGGUCAUGCCGGGCAUGAUCAGCCGCAUUCUUUACCCGGACGAGGUGGCGUGCGUGGUGCCAGAGGUGUGUAAGCGCGUGUGUGGCACCGAGGUGGGGUGCUCCAACAUCGCCUACCCGCGGCUCGUCGUGAAGCUCAUGCCCAACGGUCUGCGCGGACUCAUGCUGGCGGUCAUGCUGGCCGCGCUCAUGUCCUCGCUGGCCUCGAUCUUUAACAGCAGCAGCACGCUUUUCACCAUGGACAUCUACACGCGCCUGCGGCCCCGCGCGGGCGACCGCGAGUUGCUGCUAGUAGGACGGCUCUGGGUGGUGUUCAUCGUGGCCGUGUCGGUGGCCUGGCUUCCCGUGGUACAGGCGGCGCAGGGCGGGCAGCUCUUUGAUUACAUCCAGUCGGUCUCCAGCUACCUGGCGCCGCCGGUGUCGGCCGUCUUCGUGCUGGCGCUCUUCGUGCCCCGCGUCAAUGAGAAGGGCGCCUUCUGGGGGCUGAUCGGGGGCCUGCUGAUGGGUCUGGCACGCCUGGUUCCCGAGUUCUCCUUUGGCUCGGGCAGCUGCGUGCGCCCCUCGGCGUGCCCCGCACUUCUCUGCCGCGUGCACUACCUCUACUUCGCCAUCGUGCUCUUCGUCUGCUCCGGCCUCCUCACCCUCGUGGUCUCGCUGUGCACACCACCCAUCCCGCGCAAGCACCUCCACCGCCUGGUUUUCAGUCUCCGGUACAGCAAGGAGGAGCGUGAGGACCUGGAUGCUGAGGAGCUAGAAGGUCCAACCUCAGCCCCUGUACAGAACGGGCGCCCUGAGCACGCGGUGGAGAUGGAGGGUAAGGCACUGCCCGGGGGGGAGUUGGGGCGGGGGAGCUGGCGGAGCAGACUAACUGUACGGCUGCAAUUUCUCCCAGAGCCCCUGUCCCCAGCACCAGGCCUGUUCCGCCAGUGCCUGCUCUGGUUCUGUGGAAUGAGCAGGGCUGGGGCAGGCAGUCCCCCACGCCCUACCCAGGAGGAGAUGGCUGCCGCAGCCAGGCGACUGGAGGACAUCAGUGAGGACCCAAGCUGGGCCCGAGUCGUCAACCUCAAUGCCCUGCUCAUGAUGGCCGUGGCCACGUUCCUCUGGGGCUUUUAUGCCUGAGGUCAACUGUGUCGGAUGCCAUGAGCC